GAUUUCGUUCAAUACAACUUUUGCUAAUCUGAAUUAUUAAUAUUUCAAUAAUAAAUUUAUUUCUUUUAACAACAUUUUUACAAUAUUUGUAUGUUAUUAUAUUAAAUAUUUGCUAUUGAUAAAAUAUUGAUGACUAAGAUUUAAUGACGUGUCGUUAAUCAACAAAUUUAAAAAAGAAGAACGCAAUCAAAACGAAUAUUAUUAAUUGCUAUCCAAAAAUAAAUUAAAACCAAACAUGUUUUAUCAUUGUGGAUUAAUUGCUGUUGUGUCUACAGUAGCAAUUGUCAUAAUUUUGGGAUUGCCUUUAUUCUUGUUGUGUUGGUUAUUGUUUAUAAAUGAUACACCAUAUAUGGAUAUACAAAGAUACGAUGAAGAAAAAUUCUUCAUAAAUGAAAAUGGUGAAAAAAUUAAGUUUCCUAAUUUUCUAGAGGAGCCAAGUAUUGAAUUGUCAGUUGUAGUACCAGCUUAUAAUGAACAAGAUAGGUUAAGACCAAUGUUGGACUCAUGCCUUCAAUAUUUAACUUCUGUUUAUAAAUCUUCAUUUGAGAUUAUUAUUGUAAGUGGUGGUAGUACUGAUAAAACAUGUGAUAUAUCUAUGGAAUACGUAAAAAAGUAUGGUUCAGACUAUGUUCGAUUAUUAAAGUUAGUAAAUAAUCGUGGUAAAGGAGGUGCUGUUUGCUUGGGAAUGCAAAAUACUCGAGGACGAUUAUUAUUAUUUGCUGAUGCUGAUGGUGCUACUAAAUUCGAUGAUAUUAUUAAAUUAGAAGAUUCAAUGAAUGAAUUAAUUAAAAAAUCUGUUACAAGAACUGAAAGUAAAAUAUUUGCUAUAGUAUGUGGAUCACGUGCUCAUUUAGAACAAGAUGCUAUAGUUCAUAGAAGUAUAUUUCGCACAAUAUUAAUGUAUGGUUUUCACACACUUGUUUGGACAUUUGGUGUACGUACUAUUAGAGACACUCAAUGUGGCUUUAAAAUGUUUACCAGAGCUGCUGCCCAAGUUUUAUUCAGUAAUUUGCAUGUUGACCGUUGGGCAUUUGAUGUUGAAAUGUUAUUUAUAGCUGAAAAGUUAAAUAUGUCUAUAUCAGAAAUAUCAGUUAACUGGACAGAAAUUGAAGGCUCAAAAAUUGUUCCUGUUUGGAGUUGGUUACAAAUGGGCUUUGAUGUAGUAUCUAUUUGGAUCAAAUAUCGUUUAGGUUUAUGGAAGAUUCAUUUUGAUAAAACUGAAUAAAUGUAGGUCAUUACUUUUAAAAACAACUUUUUUACUAUUUUAUGGUUGUUUUCAAAUUAUUCAAUGCAUAAAAUAGUUAACACACAUUGUGAUAUUAGUAUCUGUGAUACUGAUCAAUAAAACAUACAACUGUAUAAUAAUAAAUUUUAUAAAUUAUAUUACAUUAUUUUAUAUAA